GCUGCUGGAUUUCCCUCAGAAAAGUUAACUGAACUCUGUUUUGUCUGCCCAACCCAUAAAAGCCCAGAAUCCUUGCCACCGACUUCUCCAAGCUUGCACACCAACAACCAACUUAUCAUCAACCUGCUAUUUCCACCACCUCGAAAUACUCAAUCGAUAACGCUUGCCAUCGACGAUCGGUCGAAUUGACCCGAACCCGAUUCCAAUACCCGAUUUCCCAAUCAGCACCCUGGCAUCCAGCAACAAUGGCGCCCAUGAAAUCACCGAAAUCGAACCAUAGUAGUAAUUAUGGCGAGGACAUUGCCCGCCAGGCCAAUAUCCUCGCCAGCUGCUACGGGCCGAGUGGUAUUCCUGAGGUCCCUUCGACGGGACUUCCAUCGCCGCCAUCAAGCCCCCCUCUCGCGGCCCUCACGUCGACCAACCAGCUCGCGCUGACCCCCAAGGCGAGGUCAUCAUCAACGCGCGGGCACAGCGUCGGUCGUCACGGCUCGGGCACUACUACCGACACCACGAGUAGUGCCUGGCAUCGCCGCCGAGGGGGGGCAACACUGCGCAUCAGGGAAGAAUGUGAGAGGUUCUUUUGCGAGACACUGCGCGCCAUGCUUCUGGGUGAGAGGAACGUGGCGCUGCAGGGCUCGGGCCUGGCCAGUGUUCAUAAUAACGACAACUACUAUUACAACGACAACAACGGCAGUUACAGCAGCCGCAUCAGCAACAACGCCACCCGGAACGACGGCCGUGCUCAGGCCGUCGGGCACUACGGCCAGCUGACGCCCCCCGCCGAUUUCCCUAUCGCGGAUGAAACCAUGAUGGGCGGUCGGGGCUUCGGUGCCCCUGGCGGGGUCCUCGGCUGGCUGGAGAUUUGGGACUACGCCGGCGGCUCCAGCUUCCGCGGCUUCGUCGCCGAAGAUGCCGGCCGGGAAACCAAGUCGCUCUUCGUUUUCUUCGAUGCACACGCCAUCACUCGCGAUUUGAAGCAGGCACUCGUCGCUCUCAUUGAGCUCGCCGAGGGGCCGCUUGCUUGCUCGCACAUGGUCAUCUGCAUCGAGCGGUCGAUACCCGCGGAGGAAACGAAGGGAUUGACUAAGGGCCUGCAGUGGGCCGGUUUCUCGCUCACCACGCUUGACUUCUGGUCGCCCGGGUUCGACGUUGUGAGCAACCGAUGGCUGUUCAUGGGUAUGGAGGUUUAGGCAACGGAAGGGUAUGGCGAAAGUUUUUUCCGGAGAUUGCAUCAGCGGCUUUGGUAGCGGUCAUUAUCUUUUUGCGUUUGUUCCCGGGACGUUUUUCUCUUUCUUAGUUUGAUGCUGGGCCAGUCACUUCCUUGGAAGCAUCAUGAAAUCGGUGCACGUUCCGUUCACGUCAGCGAGUCAAGUAUGUAUGUACAAAAUUCGAACCGACUAUAGCUGUCUAUACCCAAAAAAUU